AUGGGGCCUGGAUACACCUUACUUGUGCGAAUGAGGCGGUAUGAAGAUGCUGAAGGAAUCAAAAGUGCAAUACAGCGGACUUUUCCUGGAGCAGUUCUGAAGGAGCAUCACCUUCUUCAACUGAACUACGAGCUGCAAAAACGCGCCGGUAUGACAUGGUCAUCGUUGUUCGACAAGAUGGAAGAACUUUCACAAGAGUUCAAUUUUGAGGACUAUUCUUUGAGUCAAACAACGUUAGAACAG